UUCUCUGUCGCCCUCUGUCGGUCAGUCUGGUCACUGCAGCAGCAUUGGCGCUACAUCAGAUCAGACCCGCGCGAGCCGAACCGACACCAUUCUGAAAUCAUGUCUGACGAUGAGAAGCUGCCGUCCGGGUGGGAGAAGCGCAUGAGCCGGAGUUCAGGUCGGGUUUAUUACUUCAAUCACAUCACUAACGCGAGUCAGUGGGAGCGGCCGAGCGGAUCGGGGGCUGACGGGGUCGGCGAAGUGGAGAAAGUUCGCUGCUCUCACCUGCUGGUCAAACACAACCAGUCGCGCCGGCCGUCCUCCUGGAGAGAGGAGAACAUCACGCGCAGCAAAGACGAGGCGCUGCAGCUCAUUCACAAGUACAUUGAACAGAUCAAAUCUGGAGAGGAGGAAUUUGAGAGUUUGGCGUCUCAGUUCAGCGACUGCAGCUCAGCGAGGAACGGAGGAGACUUGGGCAUAUUCGGCAGAGGUCAAAUGCAGAAGCCCUUUGAAGACGUCUCAUUCGCGCUGAAGGUCGGAGACAUGAGCGGCCCCGUGUUCACCGAGUCUGGAGUUCACAUCAUCCUGAGAACCGGAUAAUCAUUCCCUCUCCGUCAUGCCUUCAUUCAUUCACCCGCAGAUAACACACACAUCUAUCCCACGAUUCCUUAUCUUAAUCUGUUUUCCUGAAAAACCUCGCUUGGCUUGUCAAAGCUGCACGUUAAAUCCAUCCGGUGUUUCCGUGAUCUUACAUGUUACAGUUGCCUUUUGACAGGCUCGAAUCCCGCAUUUCCACUCGACGGCUAAACAUUCGCAUGGUCUGCUGUCCUGCAGCGGCGCUGGUGAUCAGCUCUUAUGAAGGACGGUAGAUGAUCGUAUGUCCAAACAAUGACCAAUAAAAUUGACCAUGUCACUUAA